AUGUUUUUAACAUGUAAACCCCCAACAUUUUCGGGAGAAAGGGAUCCGGUGAAGGCUAUGUGCUGGAUAAAAGAGAUUGAAUCAGUGUUUAAUACCAGUAAAUGCUCUGAGGAAGACAAAGUUAUAUUUGUUGUCUCCAUGUUAAAAUCUAACGCAUUGUACUUGUGGGAUGUGAAAUCAUCGGCUAAGCCCGAUAUUCUACAAUCUAUGUCUUGGGGAGAAUUUGUAAACAAAUUUAAAGAACAAUUCUGUCCCAAGACAGCUGUGAGGCAGAUGGAAGAGGACUUUUUAAAGCUGGAACAAGGCAACAAAUCUAUGCGGGAAUAUACUGAAAAGUUUAUCGAAUAUUCCCGGUUUGCGGAACAUUAUAUUUCUUCUGAGUCCAGGAAAAUGAAAAAGUACAUUUGGGGCUUGAAGCCCUCUAUCAGGAAAUUUGUAAUAGCAAUGAAUCCUGCCAUAUUUUUCUUAAUUGUGAAUGUUGCCGAAAUAACAGAGUGA